CCGCCGCCCCCGUUCGCCCGGAGAGCGCAGCCGGCCGGGGACCGGCCCCGGCUCCCGCGGGGCCCCGGCGGCCGCAGCUGGCACUGCGGCGGGCGCGCCCCUCAGGGCCCACCGCCACGCCAUCGCCGUCUUGACGGGAGUCCACCGCGAGCGGGGAGAAGCGGGCGCGGGCUACGCGCCGGGACUCGCGGCCGGCCCCCGGUGACUCUCGGGGACGCCCCGGGCCGCGCCGGGGUGAGGGGCGGGGGGGGCGGGCGCCGACGACGCAGGAGGGCGGGAGCCGCCGCAGUGAGGCCGCGCCGCGCGGGCGAGGCGGCGGCGGGCCGCGUUGCCAUGGCAGCGCUGCCCCAGCCGAGGGCUUAAGCGGGCGGCGGCGGGCCGCGGCCGGGCCCCGCCGGGAGGGGAAGGGGUUAAAGCGGGACGGGCGGGCCCGGCGCCGUGGGGGUCGCCGCCGGGGGCAGCCCGCAGGCGGGUGUGGGGAUGCGCUGCGGCCGAGGGCCGUGCUCCGGGCGCGUAGGGAGGCUGCGGGGGUGAAGCCUCUGCUCCCUCGCCGGGCGGAAUGGAGGCUGUUGGCUCUGCAGAGGACGUGUUUUAUGAGGAGGAGGAGGUGAACUGCUACGACUUCGAGCCUCUGCCGACGCUGCUGGAGGAUGAGGAGAAUGUGUCCCUUGCUGAUAUUUUGUCACUGCGGGAUAGCUGUCUUACUGAGCAAGAUAUUUGGGCAAUUUGCCUGGAGUGUUGCCAUUCUCUGAAGAGCAUUGCCCGUUCUGCAAUCUUCCAGACGCUCUGCAUCACUCCUGACACUUUGGCUUUUAACACCAAUGGCAAUGUAUGCUUCAUGGAACAGCUCAGUGAUGAUCCAGAGGGUGCCUUUGUUCCACCAGAAUUUGAUAUCACCGGUAACACUUUUGAGGCACACAUCUAUUCUUUGGGUGCAACGUUGAAAGCAGCAAUAGAAUAUAUAGUAGAACCUGAGACAGAAUCAGAAUUUGGGCAAGAUCUGCGUACUCUGCUGGAACAAAUGCAAGAAGAGAAUCCUGAAAAUAGGCCAGAUAUUGAGAGCAUUUUGUCAUUAUGUGAAGAAAAACUGAAGAUUGCUUCAUCAAGUAAUAUUUGUCGAAGCCUGUCUGCUGUUGGAAGAAGGGUUCUUUCAAUUGAAUCAUUUGGUGCUUCUCAAGAUGUCUGUGAUAACAUGUGGAAGGGAAGAAUGUGUCAGAGAAGUUUGGGAUCUAAAUUAUAUUCAAAUGAGAAAAACAACAUAGCAGAUGAUUCGUCUGCAGUGGAAGAUGUGACAGCUGCCUGUCAUAAGGACUCUUCUAUAGUUACUAUGGUGACUGGCAGAGAAAGUGGUUUGAAGGAAAUGCAAAUUGAUCUGGAUAAUGAGAAAACUCAACAUUCUCAACCUGCAACUCAAGCUAAAAAGAGCAAAGAAGAUGACAAACAUGCAGCGUAUACUGACAGUUUUGCUAGUGUUGCUUUGGAUAUAAAAUCAUGUGUUAUUGACCUGGAGAGAGAUGGCAUUUUUAAGAAAGGUUCUUUGAGAAAAAUUAAAACCUUUCCAAAGCUACCACUUGAACCUGCAGAUACAAAUAACUUUUUUACUUCUGUAACCAACAGUGGACCACUAGCUAGGAAAAAUUACUUGCUAACACAAGAGUCACUACCUCUAGACAAUAAUAAUGAGGUUGCUUUUUCAAAGGGAAAUCUUAAUUCAUUUGCUAUUAGUAGUCCACCAAAAAUAGAACCAAAGAAUCACCAGGUUAAUGAUCUUCAUUUAGAAGCUCCAUGUGUAUGCACACAGGUGUCUGGCAUGAAUCUAGAAGAACAUAUGUCACUUAUUAAUGGUAAAAAGAUAGGUUUUGCUUCAUCUGAUCAUAAAGAAGACUGUUCUGAUCCUACCUCUGAAAUGCCAAAUACAGCUGGUAUGCUAAAAGGCCCAAAUCAAUCAAUUGCUGGAGCAAAAAUGCUAGACAAUUACAUGGUGUUGGAAGACUCUUCUGAAACUUUUCAAGGGUCAAAUGAAAAUUCUUUACCACAUUUUAACAAGAUGGCUUCAGUGUUAACGACAAAACCCAGUGGGAACAGAUACGGAUCAAACCUAAUUAGGUCUCCAGAAUUAAGCAACGGUGCAAUGAGCGCAAACAAUAAUGAAGAUAAUCUUUGUGGAGGCAGAGGGUCAGAAAUCAAAAGUAAUGAGCAGUGGAUCUCUCUAAAAAUCCUGUUGUCCUGGUAUGGUAAACCUCUGAAAGACUAUGAACUCUGGGCAUUAUGUCACGAGUGUUUAUGUACUCUGCAGACUUGCAUUGAUUAUCCAGUGGUCUUAUGUUUGGACUCUGUGCUGAUUGACUGCCAUGGAAGUAUCCUCUUUGCUGCUCCAAAAGCUGAAGAAUCUUGUGAUAUAUUUUAUUUAGCUCCUGAAAUUGAAGAGGAGGAUGUGGAUACUGAGAAGGUCUGCGUUUACGGUGUUGCCGCAGUUCUGUGGAUGGCUGCAAAAUACAGUGUUCCAUCGAGUCACAAACUAGGAUUGCCAAGAAAAUUUAAAAAACUUCUUCUGGAUAUGGCAAGAAAAAACCCUGAAGAAAGACCUUCUCUAGCUGAUGCAAUUAAGACAUGCAAUCAUUAUUUACUUGAACGAGGUAUAAACAGCAAAAAAAUUUUGGCAUUGUUGAAUAAAUCUGUCUUUAAGGCUGUUGAGGAAGAAGUAAUCUCAUCUCAAGAUCAUGUUGCUUUUGAAUUUAAAAAUGAAAGACAUGAAGUAGUCCCUUCAGAGUCAAGUCUAGGAUUUGUGCCUAUUACCAGUGAAAGUAAACUUGUAGCAGUUAAAGGACCGGUACCAUGCCAGAUUUCUCUAAAUUGUGAGAAAGCUACAUUACCUGUUGCAUUCACCUCUCCUGCAACUCACUUUAAGCCUAUUAUUCUGCAACAAAAUGCAAAUAUAACAAAAGAGGUUCACACACCAGUUUCUGAACAAUUCAAGAAAGAGACAGGAAGAGAAAAACACAUGGACUACAACAAAUCAGGAUAUAUAGAAGACUCUAAAAGCUAUGGUACUGAGGACACAGACGUUGUUGAAACUGCACCUCAAAUACCUGAGUGUGAUUUACAAGUUCCAGGCCACUCAGCCCAGAUAUCUUCAGAAGAGCAAAAGUCAGGCAAUGCAUUUACUUCUAUAGUUACGUUACCAUCGCCAUCUCAUUUCUCACAUACUCUACAGGGAAAGAACAUUUUAUCUGAAGUUCCUUCCAGCUCCUUAGCUUGUCCUACAUCUCCUAAUUUUCUUCAUAUAAAUAACAUCAUUCUUAAACAGGACUCAGAGAAAAGAGUUUUGACAUUUGUACCAGUACAUUUAGCUGUAUCAGAGCAAAUACCAAAUAAACCUCUUCGUUCAAGAAUUGCUUAUGAUUGCUAUCAUAGUUUGCCAGUGCUACUUUCAAGUACUUUUGCAACUUGUAAAACAAGCACGCAAACAGAAAAUGAUGCCUCCCUUUGCAAAGUGGAAAACUGUGAGACUGUUAAUACACAGAACAAGUUUGAUAAAAGUAACCCAGUUGUUCAAACCAACUGCCAAGAAAUUGAGUGUGCUACCAAUGUAGACAGUAUUUUCACUGAAAAAGAACACACACCAUGUACCUCAGUGAAUCAAGACAAUUCUCAUCUCUCUGAUGUUGAAGUCCUGCCCCAGCAGAACAGAACAAGUGACACUUUACUACAGGAAGUGGUUCAUCUUAUACAAGAGGAGUUUGCAUUUGAUGGCUAUCUAGAGAAUGGAGUUGAAGUUUUUGAUAUGGGUAACUUCAUUUUAAACUUAAAGGAAAUUAAGUUUGGUAUGUUCUCUGAUACAAUUUGUGAGAAGUUUUGUGACCUCUAUUGGGAUGAAAAAUUACUGGAGAAUCUGUAUCAGGUAGUAAAUGGACAAAGACCUUCACAUUUGUGCAUAACUGAGGCAGAUGAUUCAAAGUGUGGCAAUGUAUUCCAAGACCUGAAGAAAUCCAGUAGGUUUUUGGCAAGCAGUGAUCAGACAGAGGGAGAAGGGGAAGCAACCUUUGAUGUGAAGGCUGAGCCUAUGAUAAAUACAUUGGUAGCUGAAAUGGGUUUUGAUGAGUCACCUUCAAAUAAUAUCAAAAAAGAAUUGAGGCUGCAGAAUACUAUCCCCAUAGAGAAAGAGCGACAGCUUUUACAAAGCAACGGCUGUUGUAUUCGUCCAGGCUUUGCAGAAGAAAAUACAGAGCCAGAGGAAGAGACCAUGACAAAGAUAGCUGGAAACAGCUACCUUGUGUCUCCCAGUCUACCUGACUUUCAUGGCUGUAGUCCUGGUUGGAGCAGUGCAUUUUAUGGAGCUGAAUGUUUUAAUUCAGAAGUUCAUAGCUACAUGAAAAACCUUGGAAAGCAGAAAUCAAGUGAGUCACAAAAUAUAGAUGCUAAAAAAGUGGAACUAGAACAAUUGCUAAUGAUGGAGACAAAAAAUUACAGAAAGACCAUAAACUUUUACCAGAAAUUAUUGCAGAAAGAAAGAAGAAGCAAAGGUCCUGAAACUAAAUCUAUGUUGCCCAAAUUGAGAGGACAGCUACAGGAGAUGAAAUCAAAAGUGCAGUUUCUUGAACUGGUGAAAAAAUACAUGCAGAUUAUGUAUGUAGAGCAGUGGGGUGUGGAAUCCUGUGUGCUGCCUACAGUCAUUCACAAUGGGAGAACUGACACCGUGGAUGUGGCACCUACGGAUGAGCCAUCAUUGCUUCUUUACUAUAACACAGAGAAACACCAAUGUAAUAAUCAAAAUGGAAUAAGAGUUCUGCAGGCUGGUACACCACUUGGGUUAAUGGCUUAUUUAUAUUCUAGAAAUGCAUUUUUAGAAGGUUAUGUACAGCAGUUUCUCUACACAUUUCGCUAUUUCUGCACACAAGAAGAAUUUUUGCAGUUUCUUCUUGAUAGAAUCAGCAGCACUUUAUCCAGUGCAAGCCUGGAUCCUUCUACAUCACUUACCAAAAUAUGUAACCGCAGUUUCUACAUCCUGCAGGCUUGGAUUGAAGACUGCUACAGUGUAGACUUUGCAACAAAUACUGACCUUUUAUGUACCCUAAAAGAAUUUAUUUCUUCCAAGGUUGCUCCAUUAAAUGGCUAUGGUGAGCGCUUGUUGUUAUUGCUUGAGGAUGUUUCUGCCAGGAAAAGUGGCAGUGCUCAUCAGUACUCCAGCAUGGACAGAUGUGAAGAGGAGGGCGAGGAAGACAGAAAAACAUUACAUUCUCUAUGUAAAAAGCUCUCAGAAGAUGUUUCUAGAAAGAACUUUAACUGGAAACUUUGCAAAGGUAUGGAACCGAUUGCACAAUAUCAGAGAGAGCGACUGUACACUAUUUCAUCAGUUUUGCCAAAGCCAUGCUAUAACAGUUUUACAGAAGAAUUCCCAGUCUCCUUUGCUAAAGCAGAUGAAGUGGGACCAUAUCUCUUGAUAGAAUACAGUGCGCAACAGCUUUGUUGUCAGCUGACAUUACUGCAACAGGAAGUAUUUCGUAAAUGUCAUCCAGUACACUUUCUAAAUUCAAGAGCACUUGGUGUUAAAGAUAAAUGUGUUGCUGUCCAGAAAGCUGUUUCCACUGAGGCAGUUUCACUUAAAGUCUGUAAUCUGUUUCUGUCAAAGUGCAUACAAGACCAGUACCUUCUACAAUUAUUAAGAAAUGCAGACAGUAUCAGCACCUGGGUUGCUGCUGAAAUUGUAACAUGUCACACAUCUAAGCUGCAGGUGAGCUUGUUAUCCAAAUUUCUUCUUAUUGCAAAAUGCUGCUAUGAACAAAGAAAUUUUGCUACUGCAAUGCAAAUCCUAGCAGGCUUGGAAAAUCUUAUUGUACGACAGUUACCAGCCUGGAAAAUUUUACCUGCAAAAGUAGCUGACAUAAUGGAGGAACUCAAGGCUGUUGAGGUGUUUUUAAAAAGUGACAGCUUGUGCUUGAUGGAAGGAGAAAGAUUCAAAACACUUCCAACAAUUCCAUCAGCCCACGUUUUGGCUAUGCACGUCCAACAACUUGAAACUGGAGGAUUCACAAUGACAAAUGGAGCUCACAAGUGGACAAAACUUAGAAAUAUUGCAAAAGUUGUGAGCCAAGUUCAUGCAUUUCAAGAGAAUCCUUAUACAUAUACACCAGAUUUCAAGCUGCAGUCUUACCUCAGGCAAAGAAUAACUCAUUUUAAAGAUGCAGACAUUUCUGCCUUGGCAGCUGACAACUGUGCCAACUUCCAUCAGAUACCAGCAGAAAAACAUUCUCGAAAAAUUCAAGACGCACUGCGCAGAAUGAAGGCAACCUUUCAGUAAUUAUUUACAUUUCAUCUGUUCUAGUCCAAGUGUAGGUUGUAAAACUGGGUUAAGCUGACAUUAUCUCCUGGACCAAUUCCCAAGCAAAUACUUAGGUGAAGUGACUUAAAAUAAUAUCUCAAGUUGAAAUGCUGUAUUUCUUAACAUGGAAUUAUGAAAUGCUGACUAAUGAAAUUUUAAUCCCUGGCAACUGGAUGGCAGAUCAAAAGAGUAAAAAUAAAGAUAAAAGUAAAGAGAGAGUAUAGAUGAAAAGGAUGAUUAAUUUUGUCACUGUUCUUUAGCAUAAAAAAAUAAUUAGCCCACAAACAAAUAUCUAAAAAAUACUGUGGAAAUAAGUUAAAAUUACAGCUUCUGUUACAAAGUUGGCCUAGGAGAGGUCAAAGUAUAGUUCAUUAAAUGUUGAAUAUAUUUUUUAUAUAAAUAUAGGACACUUGUCUCCUGUCACACUGUGCAUAUAAUUCAGGGACACAGAUCCUCUGCUAUCCUUUGACUGUUGGUGUGUCUUGCUUUUAUGUUGUGUAUUAUGAAAACUAUAAUUGACUUAAAUAAUUGGCCGUCUUUUUCUUCAAGCAUACUAAGGAAGGAGAGGAAUGCCAUGCUGCAAUUUUUUUGUUUGUUUUAAAGUCAUUGAACUAACCUGUUUCCAAAUGAAAGUAAGAUCUUAAUCUAAACAUUACCACUUUGUUGCUCUGCUUCUGCCACAAAGCCUUGUGAAAACAGUAAAUGUGAAACUGCUUUUUUUUUUCUGUAUUUGGCACAAUAAUCACUUUGCCAAUUUGUGUACAUAUGUAUGUGUGCACAUUUGAUUAUGGCUUUUGCUUCUGAGGUUGCUUUUGUAGCUUGCAGUGCUCCAGCAGCAGUAAAUAGAAGAUAACUGUGUGAAAUUUGGAUCUGCAAAUUGUAAAAUGUUGGUGCUAAUCUAUUUAUAGAGCUUAUACUUACAAGAACUUCUAGAUGGCAAUGAAAUGUGAUGCUAUUGCUAGGAAGUUUGUUGAGCUACCCAGGUUUAUGCAAAGCCAAAAUGUUAAGGCUACAAAUUAGUUACACAUACAAGUAUUUCUACCAGAGGGAACAACAGUACUAUUGGAAGACAAGUGGGGAAGGGCAAGAAACAGCUAAAAUGAGCCCUGUCCUGAAAGUGAUGUGCUAGAACUGUGUUUAAAAAAAAUGAAAAACAAAAUGUUUCGAGAGAUGUGAAGAGCAGAUAUGAACUAACUGUCUUGGCAUGUUUUAGUGGUGGAGGAAGAUAAUGAUGUAAGAAAUGGGAAUGUGCAUAUCUCUAGUAUUUUGCAAAUUGUCCUAUUGUAUUUGACAGAAAUGCAUGUGCACAUGUUAAAUUCCAGAUUUUUCAAUGUUUAAGAGGAAAGCUUCUCCUUUUCUCUUGUCAAUAAUGGCAAUAUAUACAUCACAGGCCACCUGCUUCUCAUCUUUCUCAGUCAAAUACAAGGUAUGUCCCUACUUUCCAUUAAAUACCUCAGUUACUUUUUCAUACUAAUAUAUUAAUACCAGACUAACUUUUGUGCUCUUACUGGUUUAAAAACUGGAGAACUCAGUCCUCAGCAGAGUUUUUUUGCAUUUGUUCUACUAUUAAGAUGAUUUAUUUUGUUAUUUACCAUAAGUAGGUUUAACAUGUCAUUAAUUGUAGUAUUCUCACCCUUAAGGAAGUAAAAGGUGUUGCUUUUCUCUAAAAAUUGCCAAAUGUGAAAACAUUUAGUCUUUACCUCCUGUAUUUAUAUAAUACAGUGAUUUAAGAAUGUUAAUGAUAACCUUAUCUUCAGACAUAUAUUUCACAUAUUUGAUCUAUAUGCAUUUAUUUUAAAGAAUUGUUUUUAUUAGUAGUUAUUUGUUUUUUUUCUCAAUUAAAAAAUUACCAUUCACUUAAAGCCACGCCUUGCCUUUGAAAGACAAUAAAAUUUAAAGUAGCAUAAGCUUUACGAAUGUAAGGAACUCCACAAAACUUGCUAAUCACAUGAUCUUAAUAAAUUCAUUUUAUAUAGUUGCCAGUCAGCCCGUUGAAAUUGCUUUUGUGGAUUUAUUUAUCAUUUAUAUUUUGCACUCAUGAUAAUUAGCUCAUAUAUUUCUUACAGCUUUAUCAGGAUUUAAAGCAACUACUACAUCUAGAAAAUAUUAUGUAUAUUCUAUGACAAUAACUGGUGCUAUACAAAAAUUUAAAAAUAGUAUCAUGUCUUCUGUAAAAUGCUUCAGUCUAUCAGACCUUAUAUUGCUAUAAAUGCAUAGUAUUGAGUUAUGGUACUACUUUGGGGUCUUUUCAUCAAUCAGAUUUUGUAUUUAGACAAGAUUUUGUAUUUAGACACCACCCCACAACAACAAAAAGUGUAAAUAGCUAUUGGGGGUGGGGGGGAACACCACUGUUUUACAGGGAAACUGGUUUGCUUUUGUCCAUGAACACUGAUGUAUGCACAUCUUAUGUGACACAGAUUUCGGAAUAAAGUUAUGUCUAGCAUGUAACUGUACUGCAUAUUUAUGACUAACAAGCAGGAAGGGUUAGGCUAAAGUUUUCUCUUUGUGGGGAGUGGCCUUUUAAAAGAAAACACAGGACAAAACAUGUCAAAGAAGCAAGUUCAGUUGUAUCUAGUUGGCAAAAAAUUAUUGGCAUCAGUAAUUGUAUUGCAUAACUGAGGGCCUAUGCAGUCUGGCCGCAUGUUUCCAUUCCAAUACCGAAUUAGAAUGUUUGGAAAAAAGUGGAGUUUGUUGUUUAAGCCAGAAUUGCCACCAGCUGUCCUAGUUCUUCAUUUUUCCAUGCUUCCCUCCUCUUGUUUUUAUGUUGUUUGUUUUUCAAACAGUGACCCAUGGAGCUUCUGAAAUGAAGUCUGCUCCUUGGGAGCCUUUCCAGUUGCUCUGUGCAUUGGUGCUCUUUCUGUGUCCCUUCAUCUGUGUCUGUCCCCAGGAUCCCUGGGGUUUUCAGGCCUCCUGCUAGAGAGCUGGGAACUGUGUCCUAGUUACACUAGCUGCAUUUGAAAGCAGGUUUCCAGCUCCAACACCUCCAGAAGCCUGCCAGAAAACAGGGAUGAAUUCAGCUGGAUCCUAUGAACUAUUCCAUAGAAGCCCAAACCAAGAAGCUGGAAAAUAUUUCAUGAAUCAACACCGAUUCAUGAUUCUGACAAAUUUCUUUCCUUAGAAAUUUUUCAACCACUUCUAAACUUUGCUUUUAUGGUUUUCUACAUUCUUCCUUUAUGUAUUGUAUCUGUUUCGUAAGCAUUGCUGAGACUCAUAACUUCUGUGAGUACUGUAUGCGAUUUGCAAAGGAUUAAAAUUUUAGGAAAUCUGUUUCUAAAUAACAAAUUAAUAAACUACAGUUUGAAAGGAGGGAAGCUAACAAUUUUUCAGUGUUAAACCUAUGGUUGGUUGUUUCAAUCCUUCAUAUUACGAUGAGGGAAAGAGUGCAGAUAAAUUAUUUUUCUCCCUCAUACUUGCUUAAAUACAAUCCAAAGCAUAUCCACAUUUAAAUUACAUAUCUGCAAUUUAAAUUUCUUGCAGCAAAAAAUUUGAAGGACCUUUUUAUGUGGCUGUUUAUAAUCUAGCAGUGAGUGACAACAACCCCUGUAGACUAGAAACUUUGAUUUGCAGAAUCUUCUUCCCUCCCUUUGUGGGGAGAAGCUCUUUAGUUUCUUCUGUUUGAAGAAGGCUUUUAGCUAUUACAUGAAUGCUCUUUGUGAGCAACCUGAAAGUAUGCCAGGAGAGCUUCAGCCUGGCAUUAUUUUAGUGUGCUUCCUGUUCAGCAGUACUUCAGUGUCUCACAUGCAAGUGGAAUUGGCAGUUGCCAAAUUACAUCAGGCCGUUGUGGUAAUCUAGUCUAGGAUCUGGUCUUUGCAUCAUUUUGUUUGUUCAUAUUUGGUCUGAUGUAAAUGACGCUUUUGUAAGUUGCCUAAAAGGCAGGAGUUGGAUAUCUGUCUCGUAAAUCUGUCCUGUGUCUUAGCUGUAAGAUUAUUUUGUUUCUUGGAUCCUUCAUUCUAAUACUAGGGUUGGUCUUGUCGUUCUGAUGUUGCCAUUAUGUAGGUAAAUACAUGCUGGUUUUAGAUACUAAAAUAGAUACUGUGUUUUAAACUGGUAGAACUCAAUUGUCAUAAUGAAAUUAAGAGCUUCGAGUACUGGACAAUUUGAAUUGCCAUUAUCAAAGAAACCUAACUUGGGAAGCUUGACUGGGUGCAGGUCAGCCUGAGCAUCAGACUCAGAGUUAAAAUCUGCAAAUAGAUGCUUAUUUGUGAUCAUAUCUCAUAAAGCUCAUAAACAGUAACAGUAGUAAAUUAUUCAGUUAAGUAACAGAUACGCAAUAAGGCUUUUUGCAAACAAGCUAGGGAAACAGAUCUAGAAAAAACUGCUAAAUGGCAGAUCCAUCUUUGUUUGGAUAACCACAGAGUGGUAAAACAGAUGACUCCUGAGGUAAGUAUUUAGUAACUUUUCUCCAUGAAGGUAAACUGCAGGACAAAGAUGGGAUACAUCUGUUAAAGACCAUUGUUGGGAAUACAAAAUCCCCCAAAUUAGUUUAUUUAAAUAAAAGAUAAUUGACCAAAAGACUGAAACCUAGAGAAAGAUGUAGGGAACUGCAAUAGGUCACCAAAUACAUAAGGUGAGAUAGCUGGCAAAUUACUGAGUAUCUUAGGCUGCAUCUAAAAUUGCAAGGACAAUGUAUUUUGAAGUGCCACCAAUAGUCCCUCAUUUUUUAUUUGUACAGACCAAGGGACAUAUUGCAGUGCACUGUGCUUCACUUCUCUACCGAUACCACCUGCUUAUCCCUCUGAUGGUAGCCAGGAUGUGCUUUCGUCUGAGCCUGGCAUGGGGACAGUUUAGACGUAGCUUUAGGUGUCUAAGCUAGUGCUGGGAGCAUGAGGACUAAGGGGAAAAGGCUAGACCUGUAGUACACAAAAUGUUGUUACAAACUGUUGGAGGGAACAACCAUUUGGAAGGAAGGAAAGACAAAGGGAAAGAAUACUAAAAUCUAUGUCAAAAAUGUAUAUAGUUGUUUUAGGAUCUAAACACAGGCCUACAUAGUUUUUUCUGGGUUUAAAGGGGCUAAGUGCCAUAGUAUGGGGUCUGUAACUGAUCAUCAGCCAGAGAGUGUGGAGACUUCAUUUGUACAAACAGGCUGCUAUUUAAGAUUUUACUGCGAUUAAUGGAGAUAAACUAGUUGAAAAUUUGCAGGUGGAAAGCAAUCAAGAUGAAAGUUACCAUGAGGCAACAGAGUUCAUGAUUCAGAGGAAAGAAAGGGAUGAAAGAAGCAGAAUAACAAGAGUGGGCUUCAAAAAAUCAAACUUCAGUAAACUCAAGGAAUUGGUACAUGAGGUCCUGGGGAAGGAAUUCUAAGGCAAAGAAAAGUUCAGGAGAGCAGAGAGUUUCUAGAACAGGCUGUAUUUUAAGUAUAACAACAGUCUAUCCUCAUGCAAAGGAAAGAAAACUAAUAGAGCAGUGUGGCUGUAUUAGGGGCUCAUCAAUGACCUGAAAAAAAUCAAAAACAAUAAUACUGAAAAAAGUAGGAACAAGAAGGCUGCAUUGGCAAGAACAAAUAGAACAGCACAGCAGGCUAGGAACAAAACUGGACAGACAAAAUGCUAUUGCCAGCAAGGGAAAAGCAAAACAAUAAAAAUGGAUUCCUAAAUAAUUUUCUAUUAUACCAUAAGAGUUCUGUGCUUACCAGGAGAGGUGAACAGAUAUGAUUUGGUGCAAAAGCCUGAAGUGCUUGCUAUUUCACUUCCUACCCUCUAAACAAUGCGUAUCGUGAUCGAAGUGAAACAGGAAUGCAGGUCAGAAUGGGAUACUAUCAAGCUAAUUAGAUGUAUUAGAACAUUAAAUUCUGAUUACAUAUGUUCUGUAAUAAUAAGGAGCAAAGCUGUGAAAUAAUCUUGGAAUGAUUAUAUUUUUGAUGGAGGAAGAAUGAGUGAGUUCCCAGAAAAUAAUACUACUUAUUAGAAGUGGGCAAGAACACAGGAUUGAGUGGCAAGGCAAGGUAAAAAGAAUGACUUGGGGAAUCAGCCAGACGAACUUUGAUACCAGAAGAGUUACUGAAAAAGCUGUCUAAAAAUCUGCAAGCAUAGAGACUAAAAGGCUGACAUGCAUUUGUCCAUGAAGUAAUUUUUAAAUAACCUAAUGGUGUCCUUUGUCAGGGUAACUGUCCCAAUAGAUUAAAAACAGCGUGUUGUAUGUUAAAGUCAAUAAACCCCUUGACAACAGAUCCACCUGACCUGAUUAUAUACUAGGUUGCAAAGAUCCAGAUGAUGGUACUGUAAGGUGGAUACACAAGUAGUUAAUACAUCGUUUCAAAGGGUAACUACCAGUGUUUGUUAAAUUGUGAAGAUAAAUUGAGUGGGAUGUAGUAGGGGUAGGACUACUCAUAUGUUAUGAGUGAAAAGCAGGUGCAGAUCCCUCAGGCACAAGGCACAAGACUCAGUAAGUGAAAGCUUUGGCUUUUUCAAAGUUGUAGCAUUACCACAGUGGGAAUCGUGGGGCACUGAUGCUAAUCAAAUGGGGACCUGAUGCAGUAGAGCCCUGCUUGGGAGUGAAGCUCAAGGGAAAGCACCGCAGGGAUGGCUAAUAAUACCUGUGCUGUUUAACGCAUCAUACAUAUGCAAUGUCCUGUUUUGCUCGUUAGCAAAUUGAUGUAAUGCAGGUGCUGUUGUCUUGAAUUCUGAGAUCCGCAGCUGGCCUUCACCAUGGUGCCCGUGCAGAUGGUGGGGGAAGCGAACUAUCCUGGCUUACUGUAACAGCGAGAUAAAACGUGCUUGGGACUCUGCAUACUUGGAUGGGAAGAAGCGAACUAUUCCAGGUUACAGGAACGAACAAGAUAAGACAUGCCUGGGACUCUACAUACUUGGCUGGGGAAGGCGAACUAUCCUGGGUUACUGUAGCAAAGUUUUCUCACACCCUACACCAUGUUGUUAUGGGUGGGGCCUGGAUCCAAUUGUGUCUGUGAUUUUUACUAAUGAAAUACAGAGUGGGAUGGAAAGCACACUUACACAACAUACAAGAUUAGAACUCACAGUAAUCGUGAUGAUGGUUUAAAUUUAAGCUCUAAGUCUUACAUUCCUGAAGGAUAAAUAUGAAAUGAAAAAUAACUGCAGAACUUUGGAAAAAAUCUCUGGGGACCAUAACGGAUCACAAACCAAAUAUGAAUCUGUGUGUACAGUUUUCAAAAAGAAAAAAAAAAAAUAGGGAAGACCUGACGUGUACUAUAGGAGAGCCAUAUAUGACAGAAGGUAAUUAUUUUGCUCUGUUUGGCACUAGUGAAGCAUCAGCAGGAAUACUUUACCAUUUAGGCACUGCACUUAAGAUACAUAACAGGCAAAACAAAAGAGAAUAGAGGACAGUAAUAAAAACAUGUUUAGAAAACAUAAACAGAGGAAGAGUGAAAGAAUUAGACUUGCAUAUAAAAGAUUAGUUUGAGCAGGACUGUGUGUGUGAAAUGUUGCUGUAAAGUUAUUGUAGCUGGAGAGUGAGUUUGCUCCAUGCUCCGUGAAGCUUAAGGCAAGCCGUAUUAAUUUUGAAGCAAGGGUGAUUCACUUUCAGUUUUUACAUUGGAGAGCUUCGUGUGGAGCACUGGAAUAGGUUACUCACCUGUAACACACCAAUAGGAUCCCCUUUCCUGUAAAUCUGUAAGAACAGACCGGAUAAAUUGUCUUGAGUGCCCAGGCCCACUUGGUCCUGCCCCUAAGAAGGGAGAGGGACUCAGUAGUGAUCUUCAGUCCCUCUGUGUUCUCAGUAAAGUAGACUGGACACAAAUUCAAAUACUUACCUGCAAUCAGGGAAUGCAAUUAAUUUGAUUAUUAAUUUAAUUGUAUUCCAGUCACUUUAAUUUUUAAGGUUUUUAUUUACAUUUUUCCACCGAUACAUAGCAAAAGAGUAGGUGUUGCCAGAGUGUGCAUUACCUGAACUUAUGUAAAAGAUGUUAAGGAGGGAUACUGAAUUUCCUUUAUAUACAUAUGCUAAUGCAGUGGAAAAGUGACUUUGUUCUAAAAACAGCAGAGGGGUAAAAGUCCCCUAUGCACAUGCCUGUGUUGGGGGAGGGUGGAAAGCAAGUCUUGCCAGUCCAAGAACUGAGUCACCAUCCCUGGAGGUAUUUAAAAGACGUGUAGAUGUGGUACUCGGGACAUGGUUUAGUGGUGGACUUGGCAGAGUUAGGUUUACGGAUGGACUGGCUGUUCUUAAAGGUCUUAGCCAACCUAAAUGAUUCUCGGAUUCCAUCACUGCCUCAGCUAAACUUCUGCUUUUCCCUUCCUUAGUGUAGCAGUUUACUGGGUGUGAAGUCUUAAUAUAACCAGGAGAUGGCACAAGAGACCCUUUCAGCCUUUUAGAUCUGAUAGUAACAUUUGCCAGGUGCUUGAUGGAAGUGGCUGGAAGAAAGAAAAUAGGAAGAAACAGUCUAUAGUGAAGAAUACAAAAGAGGGGAAGAAAAAACUAGAAACAUGAAAUGGAGAAGAGCCUUGAAGUCAGGGGGAAGAAAAAGCCAUCUCCAAACCCCUCACCCUAUGCCUGGUGCUUAUAGCCUGAUGCUGCAGUCCCGGGAGAAUGGAAUGAGAGCAGGCGGGCGGCCGGGGGGCGCGGGGCAGCCCCCGCCGGAGGGGGGUCCCGAGUGCUCGGGCCCCGAAGAGCCCGGCGGCAGGGGCGGCCGGCGGCUGCGCACGGCCUUCAGCGCGGAGCAGCUCAGCACCCUGGAGAGCUCCUUCCAGCGGCAGCAGUACCUGGGGGCGGCCGAGCGCCGCAAGCUGGCCGGCAGGAUGCGGCUCUCGGAGGUGCAGAUCAAGACCUGGUUUCAGAACCGCCGGAUGAAGCUCAAGCGGCAGCUGCAGGAGCUGAGGACGGAGCCUUUCUGCAGCCCACCCCUCCCCUACGGACCUCAGAGCGGCGGCGUGCCCCUGCCGCUCACGUACGUGGCCCCGGCACCACCUCUGCCCCGGCAAGGGGCUGCCUCUGGGGGCUUCACCUUGGCGGCGAUGCCGGCACCCGCCCUGGACCUCAGCAGCGCCUGCAGAGCACAGCCUGUGGGCUUUUGGGCAGCACCCUGCUUUGUAGGGUACAGGGAUCCCAGAGCUUUCUUGCUGGGUGUCUGACCUUCUGAUACGGACUGUGACUAAUGAGGAUUUGCACUACUGAUGCUUUCUGGGCUGCCCUUGCCUGUAACUGCCUGGUGGAGUUACGAUGCAGCACUGAGCAAAACAUUUUACAGGGACGUACUGGACAAUCUGAAUCGUGGACUUUAGGCCCCUGCAUUUAUAGGCAAUUGUGUAAAAUGGAAACACAGUGGGACAAACACUAAUAUAAAUGGAAUCGUUUAAUAAACCUAAACUUUUUCCAGCUUUCAUGUGAAUUCCUUCCACAAGGAUUGUAGAGCUAUUUAUCCUGCCCUAAAAGAGAGCUCCUCUUCAUUAUAGGAAGCAUAGACUCCUUAUUCUCUAGAUCUGUUCUGGCUUCCUGCAAUGUACUGAGGGUGAGUGCAAAAAAGCAUGAAUUUCUCCCGUCCUCUAAAGCGGGUAUCCAACCCCUUCAGCUACGUCCUAGGUGGCACUUUCUCUGACGGGACUGUGCUUUUAACCAAAUAUGUGGAUGCACCUGUUACUAACACUUAAUACUGGGCUUGUUAUUACAGUGCAACAGAUGUUUUCUUUUGGAGCCCUUUAAAUAACAUAUAGAAUAUGAUUUUAAGAUGUAAAAAGUUACUUUCUAAAUAUAUCAUGCUCUCAUGUGCAGCCUCAGUAGAUCAGUACGGCCUCUUGCCUAAACAGAUCUUGGAAAGCAUGUAGCCUUGAAAUUUCUUAUCAACAGAACAGUAUCUCGGCAUCUCACAUGCACCUAAUGGGGUGUGACGUGAAGGUGAUGACCAAAAGAAAUGUAACAUUCCAAAGCUGGUUUUGCCUAAGUGGCAGGAAAGUAUGUUACCAUUGUGCUAUGCACUUUUUUCAUUUGAAUAAUGCUCUAGAAAACUUAAGAUCAAAAUGUUCUGAUUCCAGGCUAGAGAAAGGGCUCUGAGGAAUGAUCCUUGACUGAUGUAAGUUGCCAUAAAUCUUUCAAAGUCAAUUGUCAACUAACAUGAAAAGAGCAAUAAAAAUUUCCAUCACUUUA